AUGGCGCGCGCAUCGGGCUCGGGCGGCAGCGGCGGCGGCGGGAGCGACUUCUCCGUGAUGGUGAUAGGGUCCGACUUCGCGGUGGACGCCGGCGCGGCGCUCCUCACCUCCCCCGCCGACCGCGAGGAGUGGCACGACUGCGUCCCCGACCUCGGCGACGACUUCUCCGACCUCGAGGAGCUCCAGGUCGUCCGCGUGCAGGGCGCGGACAGAUCCGGCCGGCCCGUCGUCCGGGUCGUCGGCAAGUUCUUCCCCGCUCCUGUUAUAGAUGGUGGACGUCUGAAGAGGUAUGUGUUUCACAAGCUCCGCACCGAGUUGCCAGAGGGUCCAUUCUGCAUCUUGUACGUACACACCACUGUACAAUCAGAUGAUAACAAUCCUGGAAUGACAAUCUUGAGGGGGAUUUAUGAAGAACUUCCAGCUGAAUACAAGGAAAGGCUGCAAAUAUUCUACUUCCUUCAUCCUGGGCUUUAUUCCUGGCUCGCCAUGGCCACGCUAGGCAGGCUCUUCUUAAGCGGAGGGUUGUAUUGGAAAAUCAAGUAUGUUAGUCGGCUGGAGUAUCUAUGGGGGGACAUCAAAAAGGGUGAAGUUGAGAUUCCAGAUUUUGUUACUGAACAUGACAAGAUCCUUGAGCACCGACCAUUGACAGACUAUGGUAUAGAACCUGAUCCCCUGCAUCUCGCUGAUAUACCUGCUGCGGGGUACUCGCUUGGUAGGUAUGAAGACAAAUGGUCUCCGGAAGAUCGUUGGCAUUCUCGCAAUUACAUGUGA